UCGCCGGUGGAAUUGUCCUUGCAAAUUCUUCCCAUGAUGUUGGCCGUACUCGCAGACGCGGUCGGUAGCCCAGUCACUGUGUAUUUCGCAAUUGCUCUGGGAUUGCCCUUCCUGGUAACAUGGCUCGUGAGCAACUUCAACGCCCGGUGGCCUCGCAAAGGCGAGCCGCCAAUGGUCCCACAUUGGAUUCCUUGGUUGGGCCAUGCGUAUUCCUUUUUGUUCAACAUUAACGGCUUUGGAGCUCGAGUCAAGAAAAGAUUUCCAAAAGAAGGUGCCGCGACGUCCGUGGUUGGCGGCAGACAUUAUUAUACGAUUUUGGAUCCGAAAUUGGCAAGCCAAAUCUAUCGCCGGCCAAAAGUUUUCCCAAUGGAGGCAUUCAUAAUAGCAUCCCACGCGGCCUUUGGAACACCAGAAGCCGACCUGAAUGUAUUGAAGAUGGGAAUUCCUGGCUUCGAGCACGAGUCCGGUUACAAAGAUGAUGGCCGACGGGUCUGGCAGACGAUGAGUAAAAUGCUCCAGCAGCAUUUGAGUAUGGAGGGCUCAAUCAAUAUGGCAACCACAUUUUUACGAAAAUUGACAGAAAAUCUGGAGAAGGAAUUCCCCAAGAACACGAGCUCCACAGAUUGGAUUAGCAUAGAUCUUCGCAGCUUCAUUUUGAAACAAUAUGUGAUGGCUUCCGUUGCGUCUCUUUAUGGAAGCCAUCUCGUGGAUUCUUGGCCAACUAUCUGUGAAGACUUUUGGGCGUAUGACGAGUACACAAGGAUCCAUCUUGCACAAGUGCCAGAAAUUCUUGCACCCAAAGCAUACGGGUCUCGCCGGAAAAUACUGAAUAUUCUUCUCCAGUGGGAAAAGGAUGCCCGCCAACGCAAAGAUCUGGAGAAGAUGCUCGCGGAGGAUGUUGAAUGGGAUGAAUACUGGGGUGCACGACUCAUUCACCACAGAGUAAAGUUUGCCACGGAAAAUGGCAUGUCCGCAGUGGCACGUGCUUCCAUGGCGCUAAGUUUGAUAUGGGGUCAAAAUGCAAACGCCAUCCCUAUUGGCUUGUGGACGAUGAUCCAUUCCCUUGUUAACCCCGGUGUUCAGCAGCGAGUUUCCGAAGCGAUCGAAUCAUGUCGUAAACCAGAUGGGGGGUUCGAUAUGCACCAAGUGGUAACGCACAAAUAUUUGAAGUCGGUGUUUCUCGAGUCUCUCCGGUAUGGUGUGGCAGCGCCAAUGGUCCGCGUAGUCCUUGAGACCACCCAAGUGGGUCAGUACACCUUCCAUAAAGGCAAUGUUAUCCAUAUCGCUUCGAGGAUAUUGCACAUGGAUGAUGAUGUAUGGUCACGCGGAGCCGCAGUAGGCGCGUCGGGAUUUUGGGGCGAAAGAUUUCUGGACGUGGAACGUGACGCAAAUGGGAACAUCGAAGAAAAGACAAACGCUGAAGCUGCGGUUUCCAAAGCAGCUGCAGAUCCCAUAUCGUUGCCAGUUGGGACACGGUCAAAAGAGAUCAAGGAUCGCAUGCUAGCAUUCCGCGCGUUUGGCGGAGGAAACCAUCUUUGCCCUGGGCGAUUUUUCGCUCUGUACGAGAUCGUUGCUGGGAUGUCUACGCUGCUGACCAUGUUUGAUAUCGAAGUUGACCAAGAGGCCUUGCACACGAAUGGCAUGCCCGUUGUAGAUCAGCGAGGAAUCGGUGGAUUAUUGCCAGACAGGAAGUUCAUGGUCAAAAUGAGGAGAAAAUGAGGGAACUGAAUCCAACAUCUUGAGUUCUCGUUUC